AUGUCUGGCCCCACCCUGGAAGAAGAGGACUUGCCUGGCAAUCACACAGGUCCUAAAGGUGUAAUUAAUGACUGGCGGAGGUUUAAAUUGGACAGUGUGGAUCAGACGGUCCCUCAGAACAAGAGAGAGCUGCUGAGACAGAUGUCCAGCCCUAGAGAGGAGGACAAGGACAGAGGCAACAGAAAGAUGAGCGUUCAGGAGUACGAGAUGAUCCAGGAUGAGGACGAGCGCAGCCUGAAACGCUACAGGAAGAAUUGUAUGCAGGAAAUGCACGAGCGCUUGAGCUUCGGCCCGAGGUUUGAAGAAGUGCACGAGCUUGAGAGUGGGGAAGCCUUCCUGGAGGUCAUAGAGCAGGAACAUCGGCAGACCCUGGUGGUAGUUCAUGUCUACCAGCAUGGUGUCAAAGGCUGUGAACAGAUGAACUCGUGUCUGGACUGUCUGGCGUUGGAGUACUCCAGUAUUAAAUUCUGUCGAAUUGAUGCUGUGGCCACAGGUGCUGCUGAGCGCUUCUCUUCUGAGGUUCUCCCUGCCCUGCUCCUGUACAAGGCAGGUGAGCUGCUGGGUAAUUUCCUGGCUGUUACCAAGCACUUCAGCGAGGAGUUCUUUGCAACGGACGUGGAGGGGUUUCUCAAUCAAUAUGGCCUCCUACCUGAGAAGGACUUCGCAGCAUGUGCUGAUGACGAGGACGAAGGAGGGGACGUGGAGUAG